UCCCCGGUGCGGUCUUCAACAUAGUCGCACGGCGCACCCUUUCUCUGUUAUUUUCCUUUUCCAAUUUGGAAAGUCGGAAAAGGGGAAAAUUUUCGCUCGGAGAGAGAGAGUCGAAGGUAACACUGGAAUCCUCGAAACCCCUGAGUUCUCAAAGCCCUAGUUUAAAAUCCCCUCUUUCCUUUCCAUUUCGAGGUUUUCGAGAGCUUGGCGCCUUCUUGGGAAUGCCGGAGAGUGCAACCGUGUUCGAAUUCUCUCGCCCUUCGCGUUAGGGUUUUUUUCGACGUCUCAGGCUUUUCUGUGAAAGUGACAGCGAGUGGUGGGGUUGUUUUGCCUUGAAGUGGUGGGAUGAAUAGUGCUUUCAGCGAGCAGAUACUGGUAGAAAAGCUCUCCAGGCUCAACAGCACUCAGCAAUGCAUCGAGACUCUGUCACAUUGGUGUAUUUUUCACCGAAAGAAUGCAGAACAGGUUGUGCAAACAUGGGAUAAGCAAUUCCACAGUUCCCAAAAAAAUGAACAGAAGAUUCCUUUUCUAUAUCUUGCCAAUGACAUCUUACAGAACAGCAAGCGCACUGGUACUGAAUUUGUUGGUGAAUUUUGGAAGGUUCUUCCAACAGCACUUAAGGAUGUUAUUGAAAAUGGUGAUGAUCAUGGAAAGAAUGUGGUCUCUCGGCUGGUUGACAUUUGGGAGGAGAGGAGAGUUUUUGGAUCGCGUGCCCAAGGCCUUAAAGACUUGAUGCUUGGAAGUGAACCUUUGCCUGCAUUGGAAUUGAACAAAAAGCGUUCUCGUAGUUCUGUUCGGAUCGUAAGAAGAGACUCUCGUACUGUAAGAAUAAAAUUAUCUGUUGGGGGAAUGGCAGAAAAGAUUGUAUCUGCAUUUCACAAUGUGAUUAGUGCACAGACCAGUGAGGACAUGGACUUGAACAAAUGCAAGGAUGCUGUUCGGCGUGUGGGGAAAUUGGAAAAAGAUGUUGACCGUGCCUGCAGUCGAGUGGUGGGGGACCCUCGGAGGGAGACUUUAGCAAAUGAGUUACUAGAACAUGAGAUGACUUUAAAACUGUUCAUUGAGAAGCUCAAAUCAUUUGAAGCAAACAGAGAGGCUCUCGUGUCUCAGUUAAAAGAAGCACUGCAGGAACAGGAAUCUGCACUGGAGAAUGUUCGCACUCAGCUACAGCUGGCCCAAGGAAUGGUUGAGGAAGCUGCCAACAUGCAAAGGCGACUCAAUGAUGAACCGGUUGUUGUGUCAGCAAAUCGAUCUUCUUCAGCAGAACCUCCAAAUCCAUACACAAAUGGUCCUGCAGCUCAACCAUUAAAGAAGAGUACUGCUGCCAUUGCUGCGGAGGUUGCGGAUAAACUUGCUGCCUCUACUCAUUCCCAACAGAUCAUGACAUCUGUCCUCUCCACCUUCGCUGCAGAAGAAGCUAAGAAUGCUGGUCUUGUUACAUCUGCUAAUCUAACUAAUUCCUUUAAUGAAACGCCAGAUAAGAGGAUGAAAGUUGAAAAGCCCAUGCCAGUUUCCGAUUCCUCUACCACAACUGCCUUUGUACCUGUUCAACCGGUGGUUGUUUCAGCAUCACAUCAGCCCCAAACAGUUCUAAUGCAUCAAACUUCUAUACGAAACCAAGCUUCAGCAACCCAGCCCCAAUAUAAUCUCUACCAAGGUCCGACACAGCAGUACCUACAGCCAUCUGGAGGUCUGCCUUUGAUGGGUGUGCCUUACUCUUACAAUGCUGUACCUCCACCACCACCGGCCCGACCUCAGAUGAUGAACCUGAUUAGGCCAUCGCCUUUGCCACAGCAGCAGCAGCAGUCUGUUGCUUUAGUUCAACAGCCACCACCCCCACCUCCCCCAAUGCCUAUGAACCAGCUGCUGCCAAUGAAUCAACAGCCAGCCAACCAGCCCAUGCCAAUAAAUCAACAGCCAAUCAACCAGUCAAUGCCAAUAAAUCCACAACCAGCACAAUUCAACCUUCAGCAGCCUGUGCCACCUAGUUAUCGGCCCCUUCAACCACCCAGCAUGACAUUUUACCAUCAAACCCAGUAGGUUUUUAUUCACCAAAACCUGGUAACCUCUUUUCUUUUUUUUUUUUUUUUUUUUUGUGUUUACAGAGUUUUGAGUUUUUUGUCAUCAUAAGUGACUUAUGGAUUUUUGUAGAAAUUUUCAAUGUGGGGUCUUUUUGUAGAAAUGACCUCAGUGGAAACAUGAGAUGUCAUUUUGGUAUUAACUUGUGCACAUACAAUGUUUGGGGGAUAUGGAAAAAAUGUAAAAUGCUCUUUGAUCGGUCUGAAUCAGAAUUCUGAGCGGUUGGAAGUGUGA